AUGUUCUUCGUUCUACAGGUCGUGCUUGGGCUCUUCGCCAUUCAAAUCACCGCAACCCCUCUCCCAAGGGCAAACAGCGUAACCCUUGACUCUGCGACCUUCACCGGCACUACCUCAGGUCGCGUCACCAAGUUUCUCGGUAUUCCUUACGCCCAACCCCCUACGGGAGACCGCCGGUUCAGGCUACCAGAGCCCAUUCCACCGUACACAGGAACAGUCCGGGCGACAGCAUUCGGCCCUGCGUGUCCUCAGCAAAGCGUGCGCCUUCCCUUGCCCGACGGCCUGGCUAGUGACGCGGUUGACUUGAUCGUCAAUACGGCAUAUAAAGCUGUCUUUCCAGACAGUGAGGAUUGUCUCUCGAUCAAUGUUGUGGUGCCCACAAGUGCAACACCAACGUCCAAGCUUCCCGUGGUAGCAUGGAUUUUUGGUGGUGGUUUCGAACUGGGCAGCCCCAGUCUGUAUGAUGGUGGUCUGAUAGUCGAGCGAUCCAUACAGCUUGGCGAGCCAGUCAUCUACGUGAGCAUGAACUACAGAAUAAGCGCUUUCGGCUUUUUGGCAAGCCAGGAGGUUAAAGACGCUGGUGUUGGGAAUCUUGGGCUCCAAGACCAGCGCGAAGCAUUACGAUGGGUCCAGAAAUACAUCAGCAGCUUCGGAGGCGACCCGACCAAAGUUACUAUUUGGGGUGAGAGUGCCGGUGCUAUUUCGGUGGCGCUGCAUAUGGUAGCGAAUAACGGGAACCACGAGGGCCUCUUCCGUGGUGCUUUCAUGCAGUCUGGAUCACCCAUCCCCGUGGGAGACAUCUCACACGGCCAGACGUACUAUGAUGCCAUCGUAGCCGAGACGGGCUGUUCCAGUGCAUCUGACACCUUGGCAUGCUUGCGCUCGGUUCCGUAUUCUACGUUGAAAACUGCGACUGACAACACCCCCUUCAUAUUCGACUACCAAUCACUCGCCCUUGCGUGGAUUCCCAGAGCCGAUGGUGUCUUCCUCACGGAUAACCCACAGAAACUUGUCCAGGCUGGCAAAGUGGCGAAUGUACCGUUCAUAACCGGCGAUUGCGACGACGAGGGCACCUUGUUCUCAUUGUCGACCCUCAACGUCACUACCACUACUCAGUUCCGGACGUAUAUUAAGACAUUCUUUAUGCCCCAAUCGACAAAUGCGGAACUGGAUCAAAUGUUGACCCAUUAUCCAUCGGACAUCACCCAAGGCUCUCCGUUCGGCACAGGCAUUUUGAAUGCUUUGACCCCGCAGUUCAAGAGGCUCGCUGCAUUCCAAGGGGACGCUGUAUUCCAAGCGCCUCGGCGAUUCUUCCUACAACAGCGGUCUGGCAAACAGAAUACGUGGGCCUUCCUUAGCAAGCGAUUCAAGGUGUCGCCUUUCCUGGGAUCUUUCCAUGCAACCGACAUUCUCAAUGUGUACUUCGGUGGUGAAAUGGGCGACUAUCUGAUCAACUUUGUGAACAACCUCGAUCCGAACGGUCAAGGGCGUGGAAUCAACUGGCCCAAGUACACGACGUCGUCGCCCAACCUAGUCACAUUCAACGACGACCUUAUCUUCCCUAUAACAAUUACCCAGGACACUUUCAGAAAGGACGCGAUCAACUUUUUGACCGGGGUAACUCUUGCCAACCCACUAUGA